UCACAGCUUUGAUUUUAUUAAUAUGCUAAACUCGCCAGCAAAGCCGAGACGCCCACAGGAGGCUUGGGCAUCACAGAAGGAAGUGUGGGUCCUCUGAAAUGAGAGUAUUCCCUGGAAUAUUCUGAAGAAUUCUGUAUAAUAACUAUCUCAGAUACGGAGGUCUUUUUGGUUCAUCAGAACCUUUCUGGCUGAAGGUUACAGUCAGCAAGAACAAUGGAGGCCAGCGGGAAGCUCAUCUGCAGACAAAGGCAAGUCCUUUUCUUCUUUCUCUUUUUGGGAUUAUCUCUGGCAGGCACAGAACCUAGGCGUUAUUCUGUGAUGGAGGAAACUGAGGGCCCCUUCUUUGUAACCAAUUUAGCAAAGGAUCUAGGUUUGGGGCAGAGGGAGCUCUCCAGGCGCGGGGCUAGAGUCACUUCCAAAGGGAACAAAUUGCAUUUACAGCUGGAUCAGGAGAAUGGGGACUUGCUGCUACAUGAGAAACUGGACCGCGAGGAGCUGUGUGGUCACACAGAGCCCUGUGUGCUGCAUUUCCAAGUGUUGCUAGAAAACCCCUUAGAGUUUUUUCAAGCCGAGCUACAAGUAAUAGACAUAAAUGACCAUGCACCGGAGUUUCUAGACAGAGAUGUGUUGCUAAAAAUAUCAGAGAGCAGUCCUACUGGAGCAAGAUUUCCUUUGAAGAGUGCCCGGGACAUGGACGUGGGCCAAAAUAAUAUUGAGAACUAUAUAAUCAGCCCCAACGCCUACUUUCGGGUUCUCACCCGACAACGCAGUGAUGGUGGGAAAUAUCCUGAAUUAGUGAUGGACAAAGCACUGGAUCGGGAGGAGGAACCUGAGCUCAGGUUAAUGCUCACUGCUCAGGAUGGUGGCUCUCCACCCAGGACUGGUACUGCUCAUGUCUACAUAGAGGUUUUGGACAUCAAUGACAAUGCCCCUGAAUUUGAGCAGUCUUUGUACCGGGUGCGGAUACCUGAAGACAGUCCCAUUGGCUCCCUGAUUGUUACUGUCUCUGCUACAGAUGUAGACUUAGGAAUAAAUGGUGAGAUUUCCUAUUCAAUUUUCCAGCCUUCAGAAGAGAUUGGCAAAACCUUUGAAAUUGACUCUAUAACUGGGGAAAUUCGACUGAAAAAACAACUUGAUUUUGAGAAAAUUUAGUCAUAUGAAAUCAAUAUUGAGGCUAAAGAUGCUGGCAGCUUUUCUGGGAAAUGCACUGUUGUCACUCAAGUCAUAGAUGUGAAUGACAAUGUCCCAGAAAUUACAAUGUCUGCCAUUACCAGACAGAUCCCUGAGAACUCUCCUGAGACAGUAGUGGCAGUUUUCAGUGUUUCAGAUAGUGAUUCAGAAGAGAACGGAAAAAUAACUUGCUUCAUUCAAGAUGAUCUACCCUUUUUACUAAAAUCUUCCUUAGAAAACUUUUACACGCUCCUAACAGAGAGACCCCUUGAUAGAGAGAGCCAGGCCGAGUACAACAUCACCAUCACGGUGACAGACAUGGGCACCCCCAGUCUGCAAACACAGCACACCAUCACAGUGCUGGUGUCAGACGUGAACGACAACGCCCCCGCCUUCAGCCAGCCCUCCUACACCCUGCUGGUGGGCGAGAACAACAGCCCCGCCCUGCACAUAGGCAGCGUGAGCGCCACCGACCCCGAUGAGGGCAGCAACGCCCAGGUCACCUACUCGCUGCUGCCGCCCCAAGACCCACAGCUGCCGCUCGCCUCGCUGGUGUCCAUCAACGCCGACAACGGGCAGCUGUUCGCGCUGCGCUCGCUGGACUUCGAGGCCGUGCGCGCCUUCGAGUUCGGCGUGGGCGCGUGGGACCGCGGCUCGCCCGCGCUCGGCAGCCAGGCGCGCGUGCGCGUGCUGGUGCUGGACCGCAACGACAACGCGCCCUUCGUGCUGUACCCGCUGCAGAACGCGUCGGCGCCCUGCAGCGAGCUGGUGCCCAGGGCGGCCGAGGCGGGCUACCUGGUGACCAAGGUGGUGGCGGUGGACGGCGACUCGGGCCAGAACGCCUGGCUGUCGUUCCAGCUGCUCAAGGCCACGGAGCCCGGGCUCUUCAGCGUGUGGGCGCACAAUGGCGAGGUGCGCACUGCGCGGCCGCUCAGCGAGCGCGACGCGCCCAAGCACAGGCUGCUGGUGCUGGUCAAGGACAAUGGCGAGCCGCCGCUGUCUGCCAGCGUCACGCUGCACGUGCUGCUGGUGGACGGCUUCUCGCAGCCCUUCCUGCCGCUGCCCGACGCGCCUGCCGACGCGCCCGUGGACGACCGCCUCACCGUCUACCUGGUGGUGGCCUUGGCCUGCGUGUCGUCGCUCUUCCUCUUCUCCGUGCUGGCCUUCGUGGCCGUGCGCCUGUGCAGGCGGUCCGGCCCGCCCGCGGGGGGCCCCUACCCGCUGCCCGACGCGCACUUCCCGGGACACCUGCUGGACGUCAGUGGCGCUGGGACCCUGUCGCACAGCUACCAGUAUGAGGUGUGUCUGGCUGGGGGUGCUGACACCAAUGAGUUCAAGUUCCUCAAGCCUAUUUUACCCAAUUUUCAGGGCCAUUCCCCUGGACCAGAAAUAGAAGAGAACCCUAACUUUCAGAACGACUUCAAUUUCAGUAUUCAGUGAUAAUAGGUUUCUGUCUCCCUUAACGUUUCCAUUGGGCCAGUUAACUUUAGGAAAGCCCUGUGUGUUUUAACAAGUGGUAGGAAGGCUUCAGAACACAUUCAAUUCUACAUAAGCUGGAAUAAUGACUUAGUUUUUUAAUAGAAAUUAAUCAGCCUAACUGGUGAUGAACAUCUCCAUGAUGGUCCUACCAUAGCUCAGAAGCCACCUAAAAUAGAGUGUGUGCAUUCAUAUAAUUCUGUUUUAUAUUAAGCCUUAUGGAUGAUUUUGUAUAUUGCCCAGAUUACCUUGGGGAAAUCAAAAACCUUUUCAUAUAUUUUAAUGGUAACUUAUUCUUUCUUUUAUGUCAUUUGGCUUAGUAAAAGUUCCAUAUGUCUACUUUGUGAUGCAGGAGCAGAACUGUACAUGGUAUUCCUAUCUAAAAUAUAAAUACAAAAUAUAAUACAUUUGCUAGAUGGUUGACUAAUGGUUAUAAUAUUAUCUUUUCUUCAUUGUUAUAACAUGAUGAAUGGUCCUAAACCUUACGUCUCAGAAUGCUGAACUUAACAAUUGCACUUGUUCUGGAGAGAUUAGGCAUCAGUGAACAUAGUUACAAACCAAUUCUAUGUAAUCUAUUGUAUUUCCUUUUUUGAAAUUUUCUUUGGUUUUCAAACUGUUGUAUAUGUUAGAACAGUAAUGCACCAACACUAGAGUUUAACUAAAGAGAAAAGAAAGCAUCCAGUAAAGUGUUUGGUUCUUGCUCUAGUGUUCUCAUAAUACUUAUCUUUGAUGUUUUCUCAUAGAUCUUAUAUUGAUUGUACAUCCUUUCUUUAAAGUUACAAUGUUAAUUUUAUCAUAAUUUUUACAUUGCUUUUAAAUUGGUUUUAGAAGGGAAAAAAUAUCUACACCAUGUUUAUCCAAUGAGGGGAAUUAGUUUAAUUGUAGUAUUGGAUUUUUCCUUUGAGAAAUAUGGAAUAAGUUUAGGGAGCCUUUAGCAAUAGUUCAGCAGAUAGGGUGCUUGCCUUGCAUGCAGUCAACCCAGGUUUCAUUCCUGGCACCCCAUAUUGUCUUCUUAGCCCUCUCCAUAGUGGUUCUUGAAUGUAGGUCCAGGAGUAAGCCUUGAGCACUGCUGGGGGUGGCCCCCAAACAAAGAAAAAAUAGUAAAUUCAGUGGUUAUUCCAUGCACAUUUUUAUUUUCUUCUUAGUAACUAAACCUAAAUUUAUUUUUUUUGGGUCACACCCAGCGAUGCUCAGGGGUUACUCCUGGCUCUGCACUCAGGAAUCAUUCCUGGCAGUGCUUGGGGGACCAUAUGGGAUGCCGGGGAAUGAACCCAGGUCGACCGCAUGCAAGGCAAACAUCCUAACCGCUGUACUAUUGCUCCAGCCCCUAAACCUAAAUUUCACCUAUAAUAUUAACAUGGUCACAAAACAGGCAAUAUUUUCCUACCUUAUCUGGCAGCUAGUAUAAAACAUAAAAUUAAUUCAUAAUAAAGUGUACAUGCAAAUGUUGAAGGAAAGGUCCAAGAAAACUGUGUAAGGAAAAGGAUUCAUCUAAAAAACAUCUGAAGGAUUCAUCUAGGAAGUGGCCCCCUUCCCACCCCUUUCUAACUGUUACUUUAUGCUUGGAAUAUUUCGGCCACAGGUUAGAAAAUUGUUAAUAUUGUACAACAAACACUAAUGGUGGAACAACUUACGGCAGAGAAUAAACUUAAAACAGGUUGAGGUUCCCUGAGAAUCACAAAGUAAUUAUGUCAUCCCUGGAUUUCCUUUUACUGAACUAUUCUACUUGAGAAAUAAUAGAACUUAUAUUUUACUUAUCCUAUCAUCAUUUUUCCUCCUAUUUCAUUGGUAUCCAAUCCUAAUAUUUUAAGAAUAUGUUUCUUUUUAAUUUUUUAUUCAGUCACCAUGUGGAAAGUUACAAAGUUUUCAGGUUUAAAUCUCAGUUAUACAAUGCUCGAAUACCCUUAACAAUAUGUUUUAAUGCUAUGUAAUACAAUAAAAUGCACAGAUAUUAUAGCCUGAUCUAACAUUUGAUGUUUAUAUCUUGAUUUCAAAUUUAGGAGAAUGUGCUAUAUUGUAUUGUAUUAACCAUAUUUUAAUCAUCAUCCUAAUCUUAAGAAAGUUGGUAUAUAUCCUCUUUUUACAUAUGAGUAAACAGAAGUUUGGAAAGUUUAACUAGGGCUGGAGAUAUAGUACAGUGGGUGGAGCAUUUGUCUUCCAUGCAGCCAAUCUGAGUUCAAUACCCAUCAGCCCAUAAUGUACUCAUAGACUAAUCAGGAAUAAUCUAUGAGUGCAGGUCCAGGAACAAGCCCUGAGCACCACUGGGUGUGGCCUGAAAAAAAAAGAAAGUUUAAUGUGCUCAUAAUUUAAUUCUAAGAAAUAAAGAAAAUGUGAACUAUAUCCUCAGUCUGCUUGAAUUUGCCAUUGCAGUUCUUAACCCAUAAAUGACAGUGCUGCUACCACUGCAUGUCUAAUGGUACAUGGGCACACACUGUGUUUGCUUUAUGGAUAAUAUAGCACAGGGGAUUGAACCAGGGUCAGUUACAUACAAGGCAUGUGCCUUAACCCUGUGGUCUCUUCGGCCAACUAGAAUAUCUUUUAACUAAGAUAGUGUGAUCCAUCUAUUCCAUGAAUUGAAUAAACUCCUCUGUAGAAAAGUAAGUUUUAGUUGACAGUUUAUAUAGUUAAUAGUUGUUUCUGUACAAAUGUCCACUCUGCUCUAGACAAAAUAAACACAAUAGUAUCACAGAAAGGCUCCAUAGUUCUGGAAUGUAGGUCCAGAUGUAAGCCCUGAGCACUGCUGGAUGUGGCCCCCUCCAAACAAAGAAAAAAUAGUAAAUUCAGUGGUUAAUCACUAUAAUCAUGAGAGCAAGAUUUUGUUUGGAGGAGUUUUGUUAAUUUUUGGGUCACACCCAGGUGUUCUCCACUCAGGAAUUGCUUCUGGAGGUGCUUGGGGAUAAUAGGGGAUACCAGGGAUUGAACUUGGGUGGUUCAUGUGCAAGGCAAGUACCCUACUCACUGUACUAUCUCUCCAGCCCGCUGAUAUCUGCACCUUUUCAAUGUAACAUAUUCAUGAUUGCACAAAUAAUACCCCAAACAUAUUACAGAAUCAAUAUAUUGCUUGGAUUUUCUUGAGUUUAAUCUACUAUUUCUUUUUGUACUGCUUACUGUUAUCUCAUAUAUAUAUAUAUUUAAUUUUCUUUUCUUAGAACUUCUUUCUUUUAUAUGUCUUCAUAAAUACUUUGUUAAAGAAUCAAGUACAUCAUAUUUAUUUGGGCAUAUCAUUUAAUUACAGAAAAUAACCAAUUUCAGAGAAUUACAGGUAGUAUAAUAGGAACUUUUAGACCCAAGUACUUAGGAAGAUUCUGGAACUUUAGUAGGAAAAACAUGAUAGGAUCUAUUUAUUUUCUGUUAAAAUUAAGAAUAUGUCUUAAGUGAGUUAAUUCUUAGCUUACCAAAAAACCUAACAUUUUUAAAUUAUCUGCUGUAAUACUAUUCCUAGUAUUGCAGAACAAUUAUUUCUUUUUACUCACAGUUGCUGUGUGCACCAUAAUUCAUGUGUGGGUUUUGUGUUAGUUUUCUACUGAUGCUAUAAAAUACUUCCAUAAAUGCAGUUGCUUAAAAUAAUAAAAAUGUUUUAACUCAUGGUUCUUUAGGUCAGAUGCCUGGCAUGUAUCGUACAGGUUAAAAUCAAGUUGUUACAAGGAUGCAUUUCUUUUUGGUAGCCCUAAAAAAUAAAAACAUUUUUGUCUUUUAAAGUUUUUAGAUGCUUUCUACAUUAUUUGACCCACUGUUCAUCCUACUUUAAUGCAUUAUAUCCUCUCUUGCCACAACACAGAGCUCUAUGUGAAUUCACAAAAUACAGAAACAUAGAACUCGGUAUUUUAUAUUACAAAUACAGUUUGGACAACCGAUUUAAACCAGAAUGUGUGAUGCAGUGAGAACCACAUGGUGGCGCUGCAGGUCAGAGAAUGGAAAUCAACAGCUUUUCCGGU